UCUAGACUGAUGGCGACGUCGGUGGUGCGCGGGCAUUUGCGCCGCGCGUUCGCAACAUCCACAUCGCGCUCGACGAGGCAAUCGCUGCGCACGAGCUUGGCAUCAGGACCGUCCUUGGCACACUUUCUCAACGCAACACCUGGCGACAACCUGCGAUCGACCACGGACAACAACUUGGCAGUUCUCGAAACGCUCAUGGCGCAACUGCAGCACGCGGAACGCGAGGAUCAUCUCGUUGACACAUAUGGCAGAGUCCACAACUACCUGCGCAUUUCCCUCACCGAGCGAUGCAACUUGCGAUGCCAGUACUGCAUGCCGGAAGACGGCGUGCCGCUGCAACCGACGUCAGACCUGCUUUCGACCCCAGAGAUUCUGCACCUCACCAACCUAUUCGCACAAUCUGGCGUCUCCAAGCUCCGGUUGACCGGCGGUGAACCGCUCGUCCGGCCAGACAUUGUGUCGUUGGCGACUUCUCUCCAUGCAAUCCCUGGCAUUGAAUCGCUCGGUAUCACGACGAAUGGACUGUCGCUGUCAAAGCACCUUGCCGCACUGUGCGCUGUGCCUGCGCGUCUUAACAUCUCGCUGGACACAUUGAAUGAGGCCAAGUUCGCCAAGAUCACGCGUCGCAAAGGAUUCCAACGAGUGUGGGCAGCGAUCGAGGCGGCGGUAGCGGCUUCACCCGUCCAAGUCAAGCUGAACUGCGUUGUGAUGCGCGACUUCAACUUGGAUGAAAUUGUCGACUUCGUGCGACUCACCACAACUCUCAACGUGGAUGUUCGCUUCAUUGAGUGGAUGCCGUUCGACCAGAACCGGUGGAAUGACCAAACAUUUGUCCCGUUUGCCGAGAUGUUGUCGCAGCUGCACGCCGAAUUCCCCGUCAUCGAGCCCCUCGAGAACCACCUCAACGACACGUCCAAGUCGUUCAGGUUGCCAGAUUCACCUGGCCAAUUUAGCUUCAUCACGAGCAUGAGCGAGCACUUUUGCGGCGGGUGCAACCGCCUUCGGAUCACGGCGGAUGGAAACCUCAAAGUAUGUCUCUUUGGCAACGCUGAAGUGAGUCUUCGCGAUGCAAUGCGCCAUGGAUAUUCGGAUGACGACUUGCUCUUGGUCAUCCAAGCUGCAGUCAAGCGAAAGAAGUAUGCACUCGGCGGCCAUCAGAACAUGCACGGGAUUGCCAAGGCCCAGAACCGACCCAUGAUCCUCAUCGGGGGCUAGUCGCGUCAAGACAAUUUUGCGCACUUGGUCUUAUGGCGAACCACAGAUAGCAAGCAGCAUUGGAGUCAUGGCACCACGGUGAAGGGAAUGGUUCCCUCCCUUGCGACAGAGGUGGCCUCGCCUUCGGCUUCUACUUUAUUCUUGAGCUUUCGUUCAACAGCCCUUCUAUCUUGCGUCAUGUAGACGUGUGUUGCUUGCGAUUGACCCUUCUUAAUUCCCUUCAUUUGACGACUUCCUUCAACACCAAGCGUUGACUUCGAGAUCACAUUCGUUUAAAUGAAUCUCCC